ACAAUUCGCAGCCGGUUGGGGUUGAGUUCGUCAAACGGUCGGUCUUUCGUUGAAGGAGAAUUUAUUCGCAAAUUAUUUGAAAAAACUGUGAAAGAAAUCCAAAGGAAUCCGUGUGAAAUCCUUAAAGAAAAUAAACCAAACUUAUAAUGGCAUUUCCAGGCACCUUUGCCUUCGAUGAAUAUGGCAGACCUUUCAUCAUUUUGCGGGAACAAGAUAAACAAAAGCGCAUCACAGGCACAGAUGCCAUAAAAAGUCACAUUAUGGCGGCUCGCCAAAUCGCCUCCACCAUUAAGACUUCUUUGGGUCCCAAAGGCUUGGACAAGAUUAUGGUAAGCCCCGAUGGGGAUGUUACCGUGACUAAUGACGGUGCCACCAUUAUGAAGCUAAUGGAUGUCGAACAUGAAAUUGGCAAAUUGAUGGUACAAUUGUCGCAAUCGCAAGAUGAUGAAAUUGGCGAUGGCACCACCGGUGUGGUUGUAUUGGCCGGCGCUCUACUGGAACAGGCAGAGGGUUUAAUUGAUCGUGGCAUUCAUCCCAUACGUAUUGCUGAUGGCUUUGAAUUGGCUGCCCAAUGUGCUGUCAAACAAUUGGAUGCUAUUGCCGAACCCUUCCCCAUUGAUCCCAACAACAAGGAACCCCUUAUUCAAAUUGCCAUGACUACUUUGGGCUCGAAAAUUGUUAACAAAUGCCACCGUCAAAUGGCCGAAAUGGCUGUUGAUGCUGUGCUCAAUGUUGCCGAUAUUGAAAAGAAGGAUGUCAACUUUGAAUUGAUUAAGAUUGAGACUAAAGUUGGUGGUCGCAUGGAAGACUCAAUGUUGGUUAAGGGUGUGGUGGUGGACAAGACCAUGAGCCAUGCGCAAAUGCCCAAGACAUUGCGUGAUGUUAAAUUGGCCAUUUUAACCUGCCCCUUUGAACCACCAAAGCCAAAGACCAAGCAUAAGUUGGAUGUUACCUCUGCGGAAGAUUAUCGUGCCUUGCGUGAAUAUGAACAGGAGAAAUUCACACUGAUGGUAAAACAGGUUAAGGAUGCUGGAGCCACUUUGGCCAUUUGCCAGUGGGGUUUCGAUGAUGAGGCCAAUCACUUGUUGCUGCAACAUAAUUUGCCUGCAGUUCGUUGGGUGGGUGGUCCCGAAAUUGAGUUGAUUGCCAUUGCUACUGGUGGCAGAAUUGUACCACGUUUUGAGGAAUUGACAGCCGAGAAAUUGGGCACCGCUGGUCUCGUACGUGAAGUUUCUUUUGGUACUUCUAAGGACAAGAUGCUGGUCAUCGAAGAAUGCAUGAACUCAAAGGCUGUUACAAUUUUCUUACGUGGUGGCAAUCAAAUGAUUACUGCCGAAGCUAAACGUUCCAUACACGAUGCCCUGUGUGUUGUGCGUUCCCUGGUGAAGGAUUCCCGCAUUGUUUAUGGUGGUGGUGCUGCCGAAAUCAGCUGUUCUUUGGCUGUGGCCAAGGAGGCCGAUCAACUCUCUACUCUAGAACAGUAUGCCUUCCGUUCCUUUGCUGUGGCCUUGGAAAAUAUCCCCUUGGCUUUGGCCGAAAACAGUGGCCUACAUCCCAUUGAAACCUUGUCUGAGCUCAAGGCACGUCAAGUUGCUGAAAACUGUCCCAGUUUGGGUGUGGAUUGCAUGUUAACCGGUGAUUCAAACAUGAAAAAUCACAAUGUAGUGGAAUCUCUUAAUUCCAAGAAGCAACAAAUCCUCUUGGCCACACAAUUGGUUAAGAUGAUAUUGAAAAUCGAUGAUGUACGCUCGAAGGCACAGGGCGAUAUGUAAACCUAGGCAUAUCAUCCACAAUACAUCAUCUGAAUUUUUCAUGUCGUUUCCCUAAGUUAACCCAACUAAUUUGGUUAUGUUAUUUCCCACCACCACAUCUCCAAUGCAUUUUUAACUCUCAUUCCUCUCACCCCACAUUUUCAUUAUGUUUUGCGUAUUAACUGUUUGAUUCUUCUUAUGUUGAUUGAAGAUCGGUUUUGAACUUCCAAUAUCAAAUAAAAACUUGCUUCAAAACUAUGUCAUACCUUUAUAUAUAAAAAAGCGCUUAAUUAUACUACAUAAUAAAACUAAAAACACAAUCUUGGAUUGUAGUUAAA